GUCUCUACAGCAAAGUCAAGCCACAAACCUACAACCAUGAACAUUAUUAGAAAACUCUUGGUGUAUCGCAGAUUCUUACUCAUUCUUCUUACGCCCCUUCUGCUGCUUCCAUUGCCUCUUGUCAUCAGAACCAAAGAAGCAGAAUGUGCAUACACGUUGUUUGUGGUGGCCAUCUUUUGGCUUACAGAAGCACUGCCCCUGGCUGUUACAGCAUUACUUCCUGCUUUAAUGUUUCCAAUGUUUGGAAUUAUGGCGUCCAAACAGGUAGCAUCUUCUUAUUUCAAAGAUUUUCAUCUGCUACUAACUGGAGUAAUUUGUUUGGCAACAUCAAUAGAAAAAUGGAAUUUGCACAAGAGAAUAGCUUUGAAAAUGGUGAUGCUGGUGGGUGUUAACCCUGCAUGGCUCACCCUGGGUUUCAUGGUCAGCUGUGCCUUCCUAUCCAUGUGGCUUAGUAACACCUCCACUGCUGCUAUGGUGAUGCCGAUUGUAGAGGCAGUGGCUCAGCAAAUCAUCAGUGCUGAGGCUGAAGCUGAUGCCAUAGAAAUGACUUAUGCAAAUGGAGUCACCAACCACGCGCUGGAACUUGAUGAAAGUAUUAAUGAUUGUGAAGCAGUUGACUGGAAAGAGAAAGCAGAUCAAGCUAAUGGAUACGGCAUUGGUACUGCUCACACAUCCCAUACCGUGUGCAACAUUGAAAAGGAAAAGAAGCCAGUGAUAAGCCAAACAGGAAGAACAUACCGAAACCAAAGGGACCAUAUGAUAUGUAAAGUCAUGUGCCUGUGUAUCGCUUAUUCAUCUACUAUCGGAGGACUCACUACCAUCACUGGAACGUCAACCAACUUGAUUUUUGCAGAGCAAUUCAAUUCACGGUAUCCAGGUUGCCAGUGCAUCAAUUUUGGAUCCUGGUUUAUUCUUUCCAUCCCCAUCACUAUUAUUAUUUUGUUACUUGCUUGGGUUUGGCUCCAGUGGCUUUUCCUGGGUUUCAAUGUAAAGGAAAUGUUCCAGUGUGGCAAGACGAAGUCAGCCCGAGAAAAAGCUUCGGCCCAGGUGAUUGAAGAGGAAUACAAGAAACUCGGACCAAUAAGCUACCCAGAAAUGAUCACCCUUGUCCUAUUCUUUCUAAUGGCUCUAUUAUGGUUUACGAGAGAUCCUGGAUUCAUCCCUGGCUGGGCAUCACUUUUUUCAGAAUACCGAGGGUUUGCGACAGAUUCAACAGCUGCCUUAAUAAUUGGCCUCCUCUUCUUCAUUAUUCCUGCCAAAACAUUGUCUAGAACUACUGAUGGAGAAAACAUUGUUUAUUAUUACACUCCACUGAUAACUUGGAAAGAAUUUCAGGCAUGCAUGCCCUGGGAAAUUGCCAUUCUUGUUGGUGGAGGGUUUGCACUGGCAGAUGGCUGUGAGGUUUCAAAGCUCUCACAAUGGAUAGGAAGCAAAUUAACUCCUCUAGGAUCACUUCCCAUAUGGCUGAUAAUCCUCAUUUCAUCUUUGAUUGUCACCUCUAUAACUGAAGUGGCCAGCAAUCCUGCAACUAUCACUAUAUUUUUACCUAUCUUAGCCCCUUUGGCUGAAGCCAUCCAUGUGAAUCCCCUUUAUAUCUUGAUACCCUCCACCCUCUGCACUUCAUUUGCAUUCCUGCUACCUGUAGCAAAUCCACCAAAUGCCAUCGUAUUUUCAUAUGGACACCUGCAAGUUGUCGACAUGGUAAAAGCUGGUUUGGGUGUAAACAUCAUUGGAGUUGCUGUCGUCAUGCUUGCUGUCAUGACAUGGGCUCAGCCUUUGUUCAACCUCCAUACAUACCCUGCUUGGGCUCCGCCUUUUUCUAACAACACUGGACUUUAA